AUGACGAGGGGGUUGAGGUUUCCCGCUUUGCCCAUGUGGCCCUUGGUGUUCCUCAGUCUGCUGGUGACGGCCCGGGCGCUGGAGUUGGGCGGGGCCCCCGGCCAGUGGGCCCGCUACGGGCGUUGGGAGGCGGGCUCAGUGGGCGAGCUGAGCUUCAGCCUCAAGACCAACAUCAGCAAGGCUCUGGUGCUCUACCUAGAUGACGGCGGCAACUGUGACUUCAUGGAGCUCCUGAUUGCUGGCGGGCGCCUCCAGCUGCGCUUCGCCAUCCACUGUGCCGAGCCAGCCACUUUACACAUGGAAACCCAGGUCAACGACGACCGCUGGCACAUGGUGCUCCUCACCCGCAACUUCCGCGAGACCCUGCUGAUGGUGGAUGGCGAGACCAAGAUGGCGGAGGUCAAGUCAAAGCGGAAGGAGAUGGCGGUGGUCAGCGACCUGUUUGUGGGCGGCAUCCCGCCCGACGUGCGCCUCUCAGCCCUCACCUCCAGCACGGUGAAGUACGAGCCCCCGUUCCUGGGCCUGAUCUCCAACCUGAAGGUGGGAGAGACACCCCCCACCCUGCUCAACAGCCAGGGCAUCCAGAGUGACAUGGAGUACCUGUGCACCAAGCAGAACCCCUGCCUCAACGGAGGUUUUUGCUCCAUCCAGUAUGGCGAGGUGCACUGUGACUGCACGCACACCCGCUACAAGGGGAAGUACUGCAAAGAAGGUGAGAUCAUGAGCUAGCUGAAUAGCUGAUACCCUUCUUUCUAAUGGUCCUUUUUAGCACGUUUCAAUCUCUAUCUCUACCAUCUCAAUUUAAAUGUGUUGUUUGUUUGUUUUGCUUUUUAUGUGUCUUGAGAGUCUUUUCUGUAAUGAAAAGCGCUAUUACAAAAUACAUUAUUAUAUUUAUUAUUGUUAUUAUUAUUAACUAUGGUGAAUGCAUAACCAGGCCAGCUCAGUACAGUUCGGUUUGGCUUGGAUUGGUUCAGUCUGGUGAAAAGUCCUUAGCAUACUGUACUGUAGGUUAAAGCGCUAAGUCCUUAGCAUACUGUACUGUAGGUUAAAGCGCUAAGUCCUUAGCAUACUGUACUGUAGGUUAAAGCGCUAAGUCCUUAGCAUACUGUACUGUAGGUUAAAGCGCUAAGUCCUUAGCAUACUGUACUGUAGGCAAAAGUGCUAUGUCCAUAUCAUACUGUACUGUAGGUAAAAGUGCUAAGUCCUUAGCAUACUGUACUGUAGGUUAAAGCGCUAAGUCCUUAGCAUACUGUACUGUAGAUAAAAGCACUAAGUCCUUCCCAUACUGUACUGUAGAUAAAAGCGCUAUGUCCUUAGCAUACUGUACUGUAUUUAAAAAUGUUAAGUCCUUAGCAUACUGUAGUGUAGGUUAAAACGCUAAGUCCUUAGCAUUCUGUACUGUAGAUAAAAGUGCUAAGUCCUUAGCCUACUGUACUGUAGCUAAAAGCGCUAUGUCCCUAGCAUAUUGUACUGUA